AUGCAAAAUUUUGGCCACGAAGACUAUAAUUAUGGUGGCGGUGGUGGUGAUGGUGGUCGAGGUUUUAAUGACGGAAUGGGAACUAAUGAAGGAAGAUCAUUACCUCAAGUACCAGGUGCAAGACCAAUGGUUGAUCCAGAAGCACUUGGUGAAGUGGAUCCGUCGGUUUAUGGUGCCCCUAAAGAAGCAACACACAAAAUACGUGGAAAAAAUGAUUUUUUAGAAUAUCUAUUCGGUACUGUUGACCAAGAACUCUUAACUGUGAAAACAUUUUACUUUUUCUUUUACUCGGCAUUUGGAUCAUUAUUUCCACUCAUGGGUGUUUACUUUAAGCAAAUGGGUAUGAAUGCAGGACAGUGUGGUCUAUUAAUUGGAUUGAGACCAUUUAUCGAAUUUUUAAGCGCACCAUUUUGGGGUUCACUCGCUGAUAGGUGGCAGAAAGGCAAAAUUAUUUUGUUGGCGUCAUUGGCAUGCUGGAUUAUAUUCACGCUACCUCUGGGUUUCGCACAACCUCCAGCUACGUCAUGUAUUGUUGAAAAAAAUGGUACAUGGAGAUUGGAAGUGCCUGAAGUACCUGGCCGCAGCAAAAGAUCCGUUGAUAAUAAGGAUUAUCACCAGGAAAAUAAUCAUGACAAUGAGGAAGAAAACCUUGAAGUUGCUGCUAAUGUAGUUUUUGAAAGGUUGAGACGAAGUGCUGAUGAUGAUAAAGUUAUCAAGAAAUUACAUACCCGAAGUAAUAGAAUGAGAAGAGAUUCAAACGCUGCGAGUAGUACUACUAGUGGUAGUGGUGACAAUACUAAUUUGAAGUACAAACAAUUUGUCCCGCAAGAUGCACCGGAAAACGAUCCUAUGGCUAAGGAAAUCGAUUUUCGUGUUAUUGCAAAACAAAAUCGUCCUGCUGAUGUUCUUGAGUACAAGCGAUUUUUGAAAAAUGAACCACUCGACGAAUCAAGGCCGCCAAAAAAAGCUCACACCAGAUCAAAAACUCGGUCAAAACCAGUUCGUCCUAAAGUUAUGGUAAAACGGCAAACCGAAUUACAAGAUGAUUUCUUUACUGGGAACCAGGACAAACCUUACGAGACUGACAAUCACGUGAACAUAAAAGUCAGAAAAUAUUCUAAAGCGCCAGUCUAUCCGGAUGAUAGUGGUGAGCACGAAAAAUUGAACGACGAAGAUGAAGAUGAAGAAGAACAGCAGCGAGAAAGAGAAAUCGAGGAAGAAGAACAAGAAGACGACGAUGAUGAUGAAUUAGAUGAGGAUUCUGAUGAAGAAGAAGUUGACGUUCCACUGAUUCGCAGGCGCAGAAGUAUACGUUUUCCUCAUUUGCCUUUGGGUCGUAGUCCCUUGCCUGUAAACUUUGCUGUCAACUAUGAAGAAAAAGAAAACAAGGAUUGGGUUAAGCCACAAUUCAGUUCAAUUGUCUACCGACUACCGGAUAUUCAAAAAACCUUCUUUCUUCUGCUGCUUUUGGUUAUCGUUGGUGAAUUUUUCUCCGCACCUGCAAUAACUUUGGCGGAUUCUGCCGUAAUUACUCUUCUCGGUGAAGAUGCUGACCGAUACGGACAUCAGCGAAUGUUUGGAAGUUUGGGCUGGGGAUUAGCCAUGUUCUUCGUUGGUAUUGCAUUGGACCACAGUACAUCGUUUCCAGAACACCCUUGUGGUCCCGGGCCAAAAGAAAAAAACUAUACAAUAUGUUUUGCAAUAUUCAGCGUGUUAAUGGGUGCCGCGUUAAUAACAGCUACCCAGAUAAAUUUUAAAUAUGAGUUUAUUGCUACUGAGCCUGAGGCGGACAAAGAACCGGCAGAACCAACUCGUGAAGAGCAGCUGCAAAGUCAACUAUCUCAACAAUUAAAUCUUCCAGGAUUACAGGAUUCAUCAGCACAACCAUUACCAAAACCUCAACCACCUGAGGGAAAAGUGCUUUGUCUUGGUCUAGGUGGUAAUAUCAUACGAUUUCUGUACAUAUCCUGGUUGAAAAACCCAUGGUGGGUGUUACCGUUUGAAUUCAUGCAAGGAAUAACUCAUGCAGCAGUUUGGGCAGCUUGCUGCAGUUAUAUCGCUCAUAACACUCCUCCACAGUUGCGAUCUAGCGCCCAAGGUGUUUUGCAAGGACUUCAUCAUGGUUUGGGACGUGGUUGUGGUGCUGUUAUCGGUGGAAUGUUUGUUGCUAGCUACGGAACAACUGCGACAUUUCGUGCCUAUGGUCUCAUUUGUGCUCUUGUACUUGCUGCCUUCAUCUUCAUUAACUUCUACAGAAAAGAUACAGGAUUUGUUGCGGACUUACCACAGACUGAAGAUCCACACCAGGUUGCUGAAGCAACACAUUUGGCACCACAUGGUGUACCCAGCAAUGCUAUACCACGAGCUUUAAGCUCGAGUAGACUUCAUGAGCUUGCUCAGGAUCCUGGUUAUGGUGCAACUUAUCAGACUACUGGAGGGAAUCUUAAUGUACCGGGUGGCAAUGGCGGCUCGAAUCCAACGAAUCCAUUUUUGGGCGGCGGAGGUAAUACAGGUGGAAAUGUUGGCGGAAAUUACAAUUACGGUAGGACCUGUAAAGGAGAGGACGAGUUCAUUCGUAGGAGCUUCCAGAUUUACAGUGAAGUAGUAGGUAAUGAGUUGGAUGUAAUAAAACCAUCAGCAAUUACAUCUCACCACCAUGUUCAGCAACCAUGUACUAAUCCAUUUCACCAACACGAUUACGAAUGGUAA